AAAUUAUUAUUGCAGAGUGUUGGAGAGAAUAAUUAUUUUCUUCAACUGUUUAUAUUCCUCUGCAACCAAAGCAAUAGGUUUCAGAAGAGACCAUAGAGGGCUCAAAGGCUCUCUCUCUCUCUCUCUCUCUCUCUCUCAAAGCUUUUUGGAACAAUUCUUUCAAUUUUUGUAGUGGGUUUGUGAAUAAACUCGCUGUGGUGCUUCUUUCGCACUCAUCGGGCCUCUAAUUUGAAGGGGAUUUUUCGGUGUUUUCUCUCUCUUUGUGACGAUCUGUGCACUAAUUCUUCCAAUUUACUCGAUUCCGAAUGUUAUCUACACUCCAACGGAGUCAAUCCUCCUCCCCCGUAGCUUUUGCUCUUGUUUGACGAUUUCUCCUCUGGAAUCCAGCCGAUUCUGCUCAAGAUUUUGAGGGGUUGAAUCAAAAUUUUGGCUGGAAAUGGAGAAUUUCAUCGGGAAGAGGAAACCCACCAUCAGCCUUUCGCUCUUCACCGCCUUGUCGGGCUCUUUCUCUUCUGAUAAAACGAGAUCCCCCCGCGAUUUUGAGAAGGGUGUGGUUGGAUUAGGCAUAGUGGCCGCCAUGACCGAUUCGGACAAGGUCCCUGAAGCUUUUGUGUCUUCGAGAGCAGUUUCUCCCAGGUCCUGCUCGAUUCCCAUCGUUUCUUCUGCUAAACCAGCGGCGAAUUUCAGAGGCGGGUUUAACCUAGAGAAGGAACCUGAGGUCGUCGAUGAACUGUCGGAAAUUUACACUUGCGUGACUUCUCAUCUUGAGAACCACCUGUUUGAGAAGCGCGUUUACUUUAAUGGCGAGAUUGACCUGAUUAAUGGCCGCUCUUCGAGUGUGGUGAGAUCUGGGGUUUUUUCUACUUCCCCCAUGAGUUUUGGCGUUGCGGAGAGAGGUUUUUGUGCUGCAGAUUUUUUGAGCUCUUGCUAUCUCUGCUGCAAGCAGCUUCAUGGGCUUGACAUCUUCAUGUACAGAGGGGAAAAGGCAUUUUGCAGUGUCGAGUGCCGUGACAAACACAUCAGAGGUGACGAUUGCAGAGACAAAUGUGGAUCGGAGGCCAUGAAAGACUACUCAGCAUCGCCUUGCUCCGUGGGCGGGCCCCGGGCCUUGGCUUCGGGUGUCGUUGCAGCUUAGGUAAUCACAUGUGGAAAUAAAAAUAUAAAUAGGUGAUUGAGAUAAGUAAAGGGUAUCAAAUCAAAUAAAGUGGUGGUAGCAAAAACUUUUGUAGGAAUGAAUAUCUGUGGAAAAAGGGUUCACAAAUAAGAUGGUUUUGGUUUUGGUUUUGGUUUUGGUUUGUAUGAUAAUUGUUUUAUUAAUGGCAUAAAAAAUGUAUGAAUUAAGAGUAAUAUGAUAUGAUAAGAUAUUGUAUGAUAUGAUAAACUGUGACAGCUAAGGCAGUCCAAUACCAAUAUUUAAUGCAAUGUUUUUCAUUUUAAUAUCAAAAUUAUUUUAUAUGGA